AUGCGACAGCAGAGCAUUCAGCUCAGCAUGUUUGGAAACUUGGAGGAGCUCAGUGUUGACAGAGAGACUGAGUGGACUGAUUUAUGCUUUGAGAAUGAAGGAGCAGAAAAGUUGAACCUGGAGCAGACUGAGGAGGACAUAGGGGUGCAAAAGACUGACUUUCAGACAGACUCCCUGCAGCAUGUCCUGGGGGAGUAUGGACUGGUGAGGCCGAUCAGUGUGGACGCAGAGGGCCGCUUCUUGUCACACGCCGUCUCAGCUGGCCGAAUGGCAGGAGGGCAGUCCCGUAGGCGCCGGAAGAGGGAGGUAGGAGUAGGCAGUGAUGAGUGGGAAGGACCAAAAGGAGAGCCUGUGGCCUUUCGGGAAAGGCUUUACUACAACGUCACCAUCUUCGGCCGGGAGUUCCACCUGCGCUUGCACCACAAUGCCAGGCUGGUGGCCCCCGGAGCCAAGAUGGAGUGGCAUGAUGACAGCGACAGCGCCCGGCACUCGGAGCCACUGCACGAUGAAUGCUUGUACGUGGGGGACAUCACAGACACACCAGGAGCCACUGUGGCUAUCAGCAACUGUGACGGCCUGGCUGGUAUGAUCAGGAUGGAGCAAGAGGAGUUUUUCAUCGAGCCGGUGGAGCGGGGCGACGGAGUGAUAGAAGAAGAGGAGGAGGAGGGAGGAGGAGGAAGGACACACGUUGUCUAUCGCUCCUCAGCAGUAAAGAAAGCGCCCAUCAGCAGCAUGGCGGCAGACUACCACUCCAGAGGUGCUGAUCUAGGUGGUCUCAUGGACCUGGAGUCUCUGUACCGCGGCGUGGAGCAGAGUAUCAACCACACGCGAGCCGGGCGAAUGCGCAGACAGAGCCUGGAAAGGGCCUACAACAUCGAGGUGCUGCUGGGCGUCGACGACUCGGUGGUCCAGUUUCACGGGAAGGAGCAUGUCCAAAAGUACCUGCUCACACUCAUGAACAUUGUGAAUGAGAUCUACCAUGACCAGUCUUUGGGAGCAAAGAUCAAUGUGGUUCUGGUGCGGAUUAUCAUGCUGGGCUACGGCAAGUCCAUGAGUCUGAUUGAACUGGGAAACCCAUCUCAGAGUCUGGAGAACGUGUGUCGCUGGGCCUUCCUGCAGCAGAAGCAGGACACAGGAGACGCCGAGUAUCACGAUCACGCCAUCUUCCUCACACGACAGGAAUUUGGCCCCACGGGCAUGCAGGGUUACGCCCCAGUGACGGGCAUGUGCCAUCCGGUAAGGAGCUGCACUUUGAAUCAUGAGGAUGGUUUCUCCUCUGCCUUUGUGGUGGCACACGAGACCGGACAUGUGCUGGGGAUGGAGCAUGAUGGCCAGGGGAACCGCUGUGGCGAUGAGGUGCACAUGGGCAGCAUCAUGGCCCCACUGGUGCAAGCUGCCUUCCACCGCUUUCACUGGUCCAGAUGUAGCAUGCAAGAGCUGGGACGCUACCUAAGUUCCUAUGACUGUCUCCGUGACGACCCCUUUGACCACAACUGGCCGUCCCUGCCUCAGCUUCCUGGUUUGCACUACUCCAUGAACGAACAGUGUCGCUUUGACUUCGGCGUGGGCUACACGAUGUGCACCGCGUAUCGCACAUUUGACCCAUGUAAGCAGCUGUGGUGUAGCCACCCAGACAAUCCCUUCUUCUGCAAGACCAAGAAAGGACCGCCCAUUGAUGGCACCAUGUGCGGGAACGGGAAGCAUUGCUUUAAAGGUCACUGCAUCUGGUUGACACCUGACAUUAUAAAGCAAGAUGGAAACUGGGGUUCGUGGAGCGAGUUUGGUCAGUGCUCCCGCACCUGUGGUGGAGGAGUACAAUUUCGCACACGUGAAUGUGACAAUCCUAGACCAGCCAAUGGGGGCCGUUCCUGCAUGGGGGCGACUAACCAGUUCCAGAUGUGCAACACCAACGAGUGCGAGGAUAUCUACAGUGACACGCGAGAGGAGCAAUGCGACGCUUCGGACCUCCGCUUUGAAAUCCACAGCAAACCGCAACAAUGGCUUCCUUAUGAACACACAGACCCUAACAAACGCUGCCACCUGCAUUGCCAAUCCAAGGAGACACACGAUGUGGUCUUUAUGCAGAGAAUGGUCCUGGACGGCACACGCUGCUCAUACAAGGACCCGCACAGUGUGUGUGUGCGAGGGGAGUGUGAGAAAGUGGGCUGUGACGGCAUGGUCGGCUCCUCAAAGCAGGAGGAUAAGUGUGGAGUGUGUGGAGGAGACAACUCCAGCUGCAAAACCUUCAAAGACACCAUCACACGUACUGCCAAGAAAAAAGGUUUCCUUAAAGUUCUUGAAAUCCCCAGAGGAGCGAGACACUUACUGAUCCAAGAACUGAAAGCGACCUCACACACUUUAGCUGUAAAGAACGUGGCAUCAGGACUGUUCUUCUUGAAUGGGGAAAACGAAGAAUCCCACUCGGUCAUAGAAAAGGGCGUGGAGUGGGAAUAUGAGAAUGACAACGGCAAAGAGACUCUUCAGACCACUGGUCCUCUCAGACAUGGAAUUCUGAUCAUGAUGAAAUUAUAUGGAGAUGAGGAUGUGAAUUUGUCUUAUAAGUACAUGAUGAAUAUGGACAGUGACUCUGCCAUUCAGAACAACAUGCUGGUAGAGGACAGUGCCUAUGAAUGGGCUCCAAAGAGAUGGUCCAAAUGCAAUAAGCCUUGCGGCGGAGGGAAGCAGACCCUGCGAUAUGGCUGCAGAAGAAAAGUUGACAGUAAGAUGGUCCACAAGAGCUCCUGUAACAAAUCCAACAUGAAACGUAGAGAAGACUCCAGAGACUGCAACCAGAAGCCCUGCCCUCCACCCAUUUGGGUGACAGGGGAGUGGCAGAACUGCAGCAAACCAUGUGGAAAGACGGGGAUGCAAAUCCGCUCGGUCAGCUGUAUCCAGCCGUUAGAUGACAACACCACACAUUCCAUCCACAAUAAACACUGCAACGACGACCGGCCCGAGACUCGCAGACCCUGCAACCGACACCCCUGCCCCACCCAGUGGAGAGUCGGGCCGUGGUCGCAGUGCUCAGUGACAUGUGGUAAUGGGACCCAGCAGAGGCAGGCUCUGUGCCACACCAGGGACAACACCAUCGGCCUGUGUCUGGACAGUAAGCCCGACACCAUCAGAGUCUGUCGCAUGGAUCCAUGUCCCAAGGGCUCAUCAGACCUCAACAAGAACGGCAACAUCCUGAUCCAGUGGCUGUCGCGCCCCAACCCCAACUUCCCGAAGAUCUCCUCACGCCAGCGUUGUCAUGGAGACCGCUCUGUGUUCUGUGGUAUGGAGGUGCUGAAGCGCUACUGCUCUCUACCGGAUUACCAACGCAUGUGCUGCAAGUCCUGCUCCACAUCCACCCCCAUCACUUCCAUCCUGCCCAGUGUUACAGCUCCUCCACCCACCAGCACCAGCUCUGGAUUCACCUCCGUCCAACCCACCUCAGCUGUUAUUACCACCAUUGCAGCUUCUACCAUCAAUCUCUGGACCACCACUACACCUCCCAUUUCUACCACUGCUGUUCCUCAUUCCACUUCUUCCCCACUAAGUGCUACACAAAUGAUCACUACUCAUCCUCCAGUUGCUACCAGUGCCCCUGCCCUCUUCACUACCUUUUCCAUGGCAACAACCUCAGUUAUUACAACUUCUCCCAGUGAUACUGCUCAUCCCUUACCUCUGCCUGUCCCAGACAUAGACGAGUACACAGAUCCACAGUUACAGACCACUAUAAAUAGUCCAACAACAUCUGGUAUGAUAACUACUACACACCUUCCAGCAACAAGCAGUCUGACUAUGACAAAUCCAACAGAAAGCAGUACAAAAACAGAUGCCCCAGUAAAAUCCAAGCCCAAAAAGAUUCUGCCAAAGAAAAAACCCAAAAAGGUGAUUCCACCAAAGAUCAAUCCAAAAAAGAAUACUGCACUAAAAAAUACUACAAGAAAAGAUUUUUCACUAAAUAUCAAUUCAAAAAAGAAAACUAAUACUGCUCCAAAAAAGAAUACACCAGAAAAAACAACUCUCAAAAAGAUGACUACACCAAACACUACUCCCAAAAAGACUACUUCCAAAAAGACUACUCCUCAAAGCACUAUUCCACCAAACACUACUCCCAAAAAGACAACUCCAGCAAAGACUACCCCCAAAAAGACUACUCCAUCAAAGACUACCCCCAAAAAGACUACUGCAGCAAACACUACUCCCAAAAAGACUACUGCAGCAAACACUACUCCCAGAAAGACUCCCCCUAAAAAGACCACUCUCAAUAAGACUCCUCCGGUGAAGACUACUCCUAAGAAAAAACACAUACCCACGCCCAAAAAGGAGGUUCCACCAAAGGCCAAUCCCAAAAAGAACAUUCAGCCAAAGACAAAAGUUACAAAGAAAACGCAAACAAAGACAAAUAUCCAAAAGAACCCAAAACCAGGUCUCAAAAAUGCCACAAACUCUCAAGUCAAGGUUAAUCAGAAUAAGGCCAAGAUAAAAAAGAAAAAAUUUCAAACAGUGUCUCCAUAUUAUACCACAGCUCCUACUCCACAUACAAGUCCAGAACAACUAAGAGAGUACCUUUCCUCCACUAUCUCAUCUACCACUAGUGUACAUGCGACAGGUGCAGGCAUGCCUUUGCCUGACUCCAGAAUCAAUGUUACGUACAUCAAUAACAGCACAGCAACUACAGAUGAGACACCAAUGUGGUAUCACGAUGCUUCAGCCACCAGACCCAGCACUUUUGGUGAUGUCAUAACGCCGACUGGAACCGCUCAUUUUGAAGAAGUCAACAUGCCUAGUGGAACCCUGCCGUAUAGUGGUGUCACAAUGACCAGCAGCGGUGAUGUCACAGUAACAGGAAGGACCAUUCUCAGUGGUGAUGACCUCACAAUGUCCUACAAUGAUGUGGGAAGGGUUAGUGACACCAUAGUGCUAGACGACAGCUUCGCCAUGGUGAUCCCGACCAUCAACAGUGAGGAUAUGACGGACCUUGCGUCCUCACCCUGGCUGGACAUGUCUGAGUACAUCCCUGUGAGCAUCCCUGUUCCCACGACAACCUCAGACCCUGCCACAGACUCACCUUCCACCACUUUCACUCUGACAACCGAAAAAACAGCCAUGUUAACCAUCAUCAGACCUCAGCAAAGACCAGAGGAGAACAGUGAGAACAACUCCAUCGACGUCAUAUACAACAGGAUCGUCGGCGUAGACAACGACAUCUCCCAGAACAAUCUGAUCCCAAAGCGCCGGGUCAACCUCCGAGAGAGAACCAAGAACAAACGCAUUCAGGAGCUUCUGGAGGAGAAGAGGAACUUUCUCCUCAGAAUGAAGAGAGGCCACGCAUUAUGAAAGACCAAGCCUUCCCAUUUCUCUUAUAGAGAUGAACGUUUUCUUUACAGACUUUCGUAAGCCCUGUUUAAACCCCUCUGAACUGCCAUGAUGCUUUAUAUCAGGCCUUUCCACAAAAUAACUGUCAUAUUACUAUCAUGACAAUCAGGACUGUUGCAGAGAGAGAAUGUCGUGAACAAAUGUUUGAACAGUUGCUUUGAAUAAAGAAAAGCCUUUUAGAGUACAGAUUGUAGCAGAUUUGAAGCAAAUCACAUUGCCUGUGUCAACACAAUAAUGAGAAACAGAAGGGAUGAAAAGUGUACAUCCAGUUUGCCAGUUUGGCCAGCACUUUACAAAUCCAAGCUUUUAUCCCCCAAACCACUUAUAGUCAUGUUGGAGGAUUCAUCGAUGAUUGGUAGAUAAGGUCUAACAUUGUUUGUAAAAUGGUAUUAUCCCUACUGACCCUAAUGGAGCAGCACAAUCUACCACCUAGAAUCCAAAUCUCCAUCCUCAUUUCCCUACAGAUAUAUCUCUGCCCCCGAUAACAGCUACUGUAGGAAAAGCUGAAGACGUCUCCUUGUUAAGUGGCUAACACUCUAUACACAGUGCAAAUUGGAGCUUUAGGAGGCCUGAAAGCAAUAUGGCAACGCUAUACAAUCAGAAAGUCAAAGGUUCCUUUUGGUAUGAUUGAAUUGUGUAAAGGUUACACUGCUUGGAUUGUGUUGCCUUUUCCAAAACAAACAUCUGUCUGACUACAUGGGGUCUCUCAUCUCUCAGGAAGUUAAGCUACGGCAUGUCGAGGGACAUUGCCAAACAUGUUGUGCUUCCCCAAGACAUUUUGAUAUCUCAUUAAGUUAGAUGGAAAAAUAAGUGAAGACAAAAACUAUAUUGAUGGCAUUUUUGUUUUAACGGCCAGUCAAGUAUGGUGCUUUUUUUUGCCAGUGUUGCUAAAAGGGAUGUCCCUCGUGCAUUUAUUUAUGUACCGUACAAAAAAUACAAAAAAUAUAUUAAAAUAAACAAGGCUGUUUGUAUUAACUGUAUCCAAAUAGAAGCUUUAAGGGCCAGUUUGUUUUCUUUUCUCUAAAAGUGUUAUUAUUGUACAUCUUGCAGCAGCUGCAAAAGCAUCUAUGGAUCUUUCUGUACGAUAUCUGUACAUAUGAAAAAGAACUUAAGGGAUAUUUAUUAAAGUUUAAGUGCCUGUGGUAUUUUGCAA